GUUCCCGAAUUUAAAUAGAAACAAGCUCAAGCUCGUCUCCAGUAAUCGACGAUUCAAAAAUGGUUGAUUUAUCUGAGAAAUUAACUAAGAAAAAGAAGAGGAAGCUAAACAGCUCCGGAGAGAAACGAAAUCCUAAAAAGCGUCACCGUAUUGAUUCCUCGAAGAAGGAACCGACAGAAGUUGAAGAAGGUGAAAGUUGGGCACGGAGAGGGCUGGACAUCAAUCCCAGUGAAGAACGCCCAUGGAGAAAUUUACAGUUAAUUCUUUCAUUACAAAACAAACAAGUGGACCUACAAAAAAAGGUAGAGCUGGCUUUUGAUUUUGUUAAUUCUAGAGAGCAAGAAGGAAGAAAUAAUGUGGAUGAAGAUCACGAGACGGUGAAUAUAUCGCGAUUAAUUGUUUUUCUUAAUGAUUGGAUACAGUCAUUAUUGGUUUCACCUGAAAAGAAUGUUGUCGAUGGAAUUGUUGAGGCUUGUUUGGAUUUUAGGUGUUGGCGGAUUUUCAAAUUCUGUUUGAAGGAGUCUUUGAGAUUGCAUGUUUCUUUAAAUUUCUUGCGGAACGUGUUAAGAGCUAUCGGUUAUAUUGCAAGAAAUGUUUUGUCUUUAGUUAGCGAGGCAUCUUUGUCUUCGAAUGAAUCAUUUUUGGUUGGUGAAGGGUUUGAAUUGUAUGGUGUGGUGCUUGAUUGUGUUUCCUUGUUGUUCUCAUUUCAUAGUGGCUUGUCAAAUGAAAAUUUAGAAGUAUGGGUUUCGACUAUUGAUGUGGUGCUUCAGCUUGCUCACAAAAUUUAUACAGAGAACCUUGAUGGUGGCAAUAUAGGUGCAUUUGCCCUGCAGUUUUCAUGUGUGGUUCUUGAGCCAUUUGCUAAAUUUUUGAGGAUCCAUCCAACACGGAAGAAUGGGUUUCGUGAUUUUGUAGAUAAACUUCUUGAGCCAGUUUUGCUUCUGGUUGGUGUCUUGCAUAGUCAGAUUAACGCGGAUAAUUCUGGCUGGACAAAGAACUUGCUGAAGUUGGUUGAAGAAGUCUUAUCUCACGGGUUGUUUCAUCCAGCCCACAUCGAUGGAUUUUUGGGCUUGCGCAGUGUGGAAAAGUAUGCUGGGUUACUCGAUGGUAAAGCAAAAGACUCAAAAGUGAUGAUUAAAAGUUAUCAUAGACAUUUAUUCGACAAACUAGAAAGCAUCAUAAAGGUGAAGAAGGACAUAACUUUGAGCGGUAUUGGGCAGUUGUUUCACAUGUUUGUUGAUCGUGUUAAAAAGCAGAAAGGAGCUUUCAGUACUGGGACUACUGGAAAAAUUGGAAGUUCAAGGCACUUGGAAGAUGGCUUAUCAGGACAUUUGUCUAUGGAUCCAUCUCGGAGUAGUAGUGCAUUUCCAGACAAUAAUUAUAGCUCUAGUAAUUUAAGUGCAGAAGCACGGAAGUCACUAUUUGAUUUCUUUGUACAGCUUUUGGAGCCUCUCCUGCUUGAGAUGAAUGGCUAUAUUCAAUCUAACCUGGCAGCAAGGCCCUCAUUGUUGGAUGCUCAUUGCACACUCAAAUCCAUUAAUAGUUUACUUGCCAGUUUUUUACAUGAUAAAGUAUAUGUAAGAACAGAAGACAUCUCAGAAGGAGCUUGCCUUAAUUUCUUGAAGACAGUUUAUGAUACUGUAGUUUCAUUUGCUUCCAAAUUAGUCAGCCUAUCAGAACUCAAUAUAGAUACCAAGACGGAGAGGAAGAUGUUUCCUUUAUUAGCCAAGGAGUUAUUUCUUGCUGUAGGAUACUUCUUGGAUAUCGAAUAUGACGUUAUUGGGAAUGACUUAAUUAGCCUAUGGGUCAUGAUGCUUUCUUAUUUGACCACUGGUGUCUCUUUCUUGGAUUCACCUGAUCAAUGCUCAUUGACUUCCCCAAUACUAGAUCUUGGGUGCCAGCUGGUUAACCUUUACAGCUCACUUCGCCAGGUGAAUAAUUCUAUUUUUACACUGUGCAAAGCAGUGAGGCUUUUAAUAUCACACCACCAAGAAGGUGAAAUGAGUUGCACCAGAUUCUUUUCCUACACAACAUCCUUACCUAAUGAAGCAAGUGCAGCAUCAGUGGGAAUUCUGUUAUGCUCACAAGAAUUUAAACUUGCUGUUCAUCAUGCUAUCAAAUCCAUACCAGAAGGCCAAGUGAGUGGACUCAUUUGUCAGUUAACUGCAGAUGUAUCAGAAUCAAUAGAAUGGAUGAAAAUUGGUUGCUCAAAGACUGAUGGAAAAGAAAUUGGAAGAUUGGACAUGAGAGAUCACGGCAUGCUAGAUUUUCACAUGCAAGCAGAACUAUUGGGAAGAGUGUUAGCUGAAAUUUAUAUGAUAUUGCUAGACUCACUGACAGUCACGGUGGGAAACUGUAGUCUGCUUGGACCUUCUGUGAAAGAGUUAGUAAAUACGAUUUAUCCUUGCAUUAGUAGUCUGGUUGAACAACACCCUGAUGGUGUCAACGAGUUCCUAUCUUCUGUCAUGGGAAGGACUUCCAAGAAUAUGGCAGCUGAAAAUGAAAAAGAGAAACAUAGAAUAACCACGCAAUGGAUUUUUAUCUUCCUCUUUCAACUGUACAUGUCUUGCCGAAGCUUGUAUAGGCAAGUCAUUAGCCUUACACCUCCCAGCACAUCACGGAAAUUGUCAUCAGCAAUGGGGGAUGCUUUCACAGCAUAUACUGGUAGGGAUUGGAUGGAGAAGUCAGACUGGACUGAGGAGGGCUAUUUUUCUUGGAUUAUCAAUCCUUCACCAUCUCUUCUUGAUCUUAUACACCAUAUUUCAAACAUUUACAUAAAGGACAACAUUGAAGAUUGCUGUCCACUGAUCUAUGUACUGCAUGUUAUGGCUCUCCAAAGGCUAGUUGAUUUGAACAGGCAUAGAAGCACUCUUCAGUAUUUAUUACAGCAGGGUGAUAAGUUGAUGCAGGUUAAAAAGCUUGAUGAUGCUGACUUGUCACUGUAUAGAAAAAAAUGCCGAAAGUUGAAAAGGCACAUCUUAGUUUUGGAGCAAGAGGCAGUGGAACUUACUGAUUUCAUGCUGGGAUACCUUUCAUUAGUGGCUAAUUAUCACUCAUCAAUCUUCUCUUCUGAUGACACAUCUUGUGAAAAAAAGGCAUGUUUCCAAGUGCAUGAAAGUGACAAAUGGGAUUUCAGUAUUUCUUCCGUGAACAAGAAGUCAUUGCCAAUUGCAAUUUGGUGGAUUAUAUGCCAAAGUAUUGAUAUUUGGUGCAGCUAUGUUGAUGCUAAGAAGUUAAAAAGGAAGUUUAAAAAAUUCCUCAUGCUUUUGAUCCAGACUUCCCUGCCCUGUUUAGCAAACAGCACUCUGCAGAUUGAAAAGCAUAAAAUUGGCAAAGAUGGUCAGCUGAAGAAAAUUACUCUUUAUCAGAUUUCACAAGGACUUCUAAAAGAUUCCACUCUGUAUGAGAAUAAAUUUGUUCGCAGGAAUUUGGCAUCAAGUUUUUGUCAUGCAUUAGAGAAUUCAGUGCUAUCAUUGUUUAGUGACUCGUCAGUUAGGGACAUCAAUUUUAAAUCAUUACCUGUUUGGCCAGAGGUUUUAAGCAAACUUGACAACUCAUCCACAGUUGUUUGUAGCAGAAGAGAUGUUAAGCAUGAUUCGGCUGCAAGAUCAAUUUCAAAUUCAUCUGAUAGGCUACCUUCAGAAAUUUCCAUGAAACAGAAAGCCUUUCCUAUCGAAAAUGUGAAAUUUAAAGAUUGUCAGAGUUUGCUCAAUCUUCUGUGUUGGAUGCCAAAAGGAUAUUUGAAUUCAAAAUCAUUCUGCCAGUUAACAGCUUAUGUCCUCAACCUUGAACGGAUUGUAGUUGAAGAUCUUCUAGGUUGUCAGGGUGCACUGUCUUCAAAUGGCUGCUACGAGCUUUUCCAGUUGUUUGUAGCUUGCCGGAGGACCUUGAAAAAUAUAAUUAUGGCAUCAUGUGAGGAGAAGAUAGAAGGUAGUCUAUCUUCACUUCUUUCAGUUGCUGAGGGUUCAUCAUUUGUUAUAUGGCUUUUCAAGUCAGUAUCUACAGUGAUUGGAGUCCUAGACACAAUGAUGGAAGAUUGCCUGCCUGAAUUCGAACUUAAGAUAUUCUUAUUGAUGGAUCACACAUCCUAUGUUUUCUUUGCAAUAAGCAAGUAUCAGUUUGGUCAGGCUGUCCAUUUCAUUGGAAAUUCUGAGAAACCUUGUAAAAAACAACCUUAUUCUGGUGUUGUCGGUGAUGAAAGUAUUUUGAAUCAACCUGGUUCGUGCUCCAAUUACUUGAAAGAUAGUGAAGCCUUGAGAAGUUUGUCCAUUACUGCUGAGAAUUUGAAGGAACAGGCAGAGAGCUUACUCGAUCCUCUAAAGGGUGCCCUUGAUGAUAAUGCGAAAGUAGGAGAUGGGAAUAAAGCUGUAAAUACUAAUAAAAUGUCUUUUGCAAUUUCUUGCUUUGGUGGGUUUUUAUGGGGCCUAGCAUCUGCCUUGAAUCAGGGAGACGAAAAAAGUGGUGAGGUGAAUGCAAAAUAUUUACGAUGGAAAUGUGAGCCUCUCUCCAAACUAAACAUCUGUAUAAAUGUGUUUUUAGAUUUUAUAAGUGAAGUCUUACACAUGUUUCUUGACAAUGAUCAACAGUCCAGAAGCUACUAUGAUGCUGAAAGUUCUCAAAAGUUGGAUUACAGCAGGCAUUUGCUGGUUUUUGAGACUGAUUUAGUAGAGCUUCAUUAUCUAAAUAAGCAUUUCUUGCAAGGGUUGCUGAAGGGUGAUCAUCCUGACAGAGCAAUUUUACUUAGGCAUCUAUUAAUCACUCAUUCUGCUAUUCCAAGGCUAAAUUUACGCAUUGAUGAUACUUCCUUGUCGUCAGGCAUGGUACCUCUCAAUAUUGGCAUUUCACAAGUCUUGUUGUUGGAGUUGGCAAACUCGGGUGAAAUCCCGCCGCCAUUUACUUUUGUUUGGUUAGAUGGUGCUGUCAAGUAUUUGGAAGAACUAGGUAGUCACUUUCCAUUGAAUGAUCCUACCUUAAAUGGAAAUGCAUAUGCCAAGCUAAUAGAGUUGCAUUUAAGGGCCAUAGGCAAAUGCAUAUCUUUACAGGGAAAAAGAGCCACUUUGGAAUCUCAUGAGAGAGAAUCAAGCACUAAGAUACUCCAUGGUGGUACAGGUUGGUCUGAGUCAUUUCUUUCUCAUGGGUCACAUUGCCUAGAUGAGUUCAAAGCUAGGUUGAGGAUGUCAUUCAAAGCGUUUAUAAAGAAUCCGUCAGAGUUGCAACUGUUGUCAGCAAUGCAGGCUAUAGAGAGAGCACUAGUGGGAGUACGUGGAGGUCAUGCAAUGAUCUAUGACAUAAACACUGGAAGUGCCAAUGGUGGCAUGGUUUCCUCAACUGUUGCGGCUGGCAUUGACUGCUUGGAUUUAAUUCUUGAGUAUGGUUCAGGUCGCAGAUGUUUGAGGGUGGUUAAAAGACACAUUCAAAGCUUAGUUGCAGCGCUGUUCAACAUAAUCCUGCACUUACAAAGUCCAUUAAUAUUCUAUGGAAAAUUUGUGAGUAAUGAAGGUGACAGAAAUCCUGAUGCAGGAUCUGUUGUUCUUAUGUGUGCUGAGGUAUUGACCAGAGUUGCUAGAAAACAUGCUCUGUUUCAAAUGGAUCCCUGGCACAUAGGGCAGUCUUUAUGUAUCCCUGGAGCACUUUUUCAAGAUUUCCAUCAACUAAGGCUUUCUGAAGCACCCGUAUCAAAUAACUCAUUAUUGUAUUCAGAUAAACAAACCCACGAUUCCAUGGCAAGCAUGAAAUAUAGUGUUGUGGACCGACAGUUUUCUGUAAACCUGUUUGCUGCUUGCUGCCGAUUAUUAUAUACUGUUCUGAAACAUCACAAGAGUGAAUGUGAACGGUGCAUUGCGGUGCUUGAAGAAUCUGUUGCCCUUCUCCUUCAUUGUUUGGAGACAGUGGAUGCGGAUUUAGUGGUCCGAAAAGGUUAUUUUUCAUGGGAAAUACAAGAGGGAGUAAAAUGUGCUUGUUUUCUUCGAAGAAUCUAUGAAGAGAUAAGGCAGCAGAAAGAUGUCUUUGCAGGCCACUGUUAUAAGUUCUUAUCAACCUACAUAUGGGUUUAUUCAGGAUAUGGUCCCCUUAAAACUGGCAUCAGAAGGGAGAUAGAUGGAGCUCUAAAACCAGGUGUAUAUGCUUUAAUAGAUGCUUGCUCAGCUAAUGAUCUCCAAUAUCUUCAUACUGUAUUUGGAGAGGGUCCAUGCAGAAACACUUUCGCUAGUUUGCAACGUGAUUACAAACUGAAUUUCCAGUACGAGGGAAAAGUAUGAUCUUAGCCGUUUCCUCCAUCAGAUUAUAUGGCAAGUCAUCAAUUUUGUCCUCUUAACUCUUCUAACAUACGAGGAAACAAACUUCGAGAGAUCAUGUUAUUGUACAGUUUUUGUAGUAACUUGUAAGCUUGGUGAUGGCAUUUGUCUUUUUAGUACACGAGUUAAGUCCAUCCAUUUGGUCUGGUAUAUUGUUGCCGGGUGCAGCAUAUUUAAUUUUCCUUCAGGCCCUGGCACCAGACUUGGAUGACCUAAAUUGUUGUUUGUUAUAUGUGAAAAAAAGAAUCAUGCCAAUGAUCUCUAAGUCUAGUAGUCAGAAGACCAAGACUCCUAAAGAGGAGUAUUUCCAUAGGUUUUGAUUGUAACAAUUGAUCAAAUAUCAUAUAAUUAAACCCAACAUGUACACCAGUGUAUAACUUUAUUGAGCGUUAUGAUACUUUCCGAUUAUGAUGCUUGAACCGAUUGUUUAGUGUCGGCCUGACUGAGUCUGAUUGGCCUAUGGAAAUUAUUGGAGUUGGUUGAAUUCUA